CACCGACCGUUCCUCGCGUAUACAACGAAGCAACGCACGACCGACUGACACAGGUGUUAUUUCAAAGUGCCAGGAACGAUGGUGAAUUUCAAAUAAAUAAAUUAGUGAUUUUUUGUUUUAUGCUGAAGUAAAAAUACUCGAACAUCAACAAAGAUUAACGAGGAUGCGAGGUGUGUGGUGGAGCGCAUUUGCGCUACUGCUGCUGGUAGUGGUAACCAGUGCCAUUCGCACCGCACAGGUAGAAGGCACAUCGCGUAUCAGCAGACGGCUUCCAAACCCCGAUAGAAGUCCUACAAGUUCAAAUAAAUCGGAAGAUAUAUCUCCUACGUCUAGAUCCCGAGUUUCAAGAAGACGAGAAGAAAUUCAACCACGAGAUAUUUCAAGAUCGAGAAGUAGAAGCAGGCCUACUGAGUCUCCAUCUUAUACUACUAAUAAGUCUCAAAACCAACCUGAAAGAAGCGAUAGAUUUGAUUCAAGAAGAUCGAAUAGUCGGGUGCGUAGCAAGCCAGUGGUCAACGAAGAGAACUUUGAUACUACAGUCAAUAGGGAAAAUCAAUCAAAAAGUCGAUCUCGACAAUCCAGCAGAUAUGUUCCGGCCCAAUCAACGCCGGUUCCUUUGCUAAAUACUUCACCGUCUAUAGGCAAAAUACAAAAAGAUUUCACUGAUAUAGCUUUUAAUGAUAUAACAAAAACAUUAUCAAAAGAUGUAGGUGAACUUAAUUCACAAAUAAGACGAAGAAGUUCAACUGUUCGAACAAUUGAAAGUGUAACCGUCCCCAGAGGUCGCGGACGUAUUAAUACACGUACAAAUGUUCGGGCAUUAGAUUUAGAUGUUUCAGGAACGGCUAAUGCGUUAUCUACUGCUCCUAAAGAACCAACUACUGCAAGAACUGAAGACAUAAGAAACCCAAGGAAAUUAAGAUAUAAAACAAGGCAAUCCGAAACAGAUACAAACCUAACUGGUGAAGGGAUAACAACAUCUAAUGAAGUGAAAUCUAGUCAAAUUAGAGAAAAUAUUACUAGUCAGACAGAAUCAAAAUCGUUUUCACGGUCUACAACUGAAAAAAAUUUAAGAUCAAGUACAGAAAGAAUUUCUUUGAAGUCGAGUACUUUGAAAACAACAAAAGUUGUCAAACGUCCAGUUUCAAGGAGUAAAGGAAAAACGCCACUUACCGCUGAAAAAAAUAAAGUAUCAGAUGAAAUCAAAGAAGAUGAUAACUAUCCUGAACCUUUUAAAGCUUUGAUUCAAGCUAAGAAUGCAUCGACACAAGCCAGCUCUCCACCCAGCGAGAGUUUGUCAGUGAAAGCGUCACAAAAAGUCUUUAAAACUCACACAACAUCUUCACAAUCCAUUAUCACGGCUCCUGAUAUAGAAAAACAUUCUCGGCUACGCAGUAAAAUAAACUUGGAAGGUAACAGCAGUAACAGUCAAAUUGAAGAAAAUAUACCUGUAAUAACAACGACUUCCGAACAGCCGAAGCCUAAAUCAGUAGAAUAUCGUCUAAGAGGAUCGUUUAAGCCAAGAAGCAAAAAAUCAAACACUUUAUCUACUUCAACCAUUUCUACAGCUUCUUUUAGUCCGUCCGUCAAUAGAACUUAUAAAUUUCAAAGAAAAGUGAAAUUAACUACAACUGAAGCAUCAAACAUUGGAAAUUCCAGUCAGAGUAAAAGCAAUGAUACUAAUAUAUCCUUUAAGAAACCCGCUUUACGUUCAUCUUUGUACUUAAGGAGAAAUGUUUCAAAAACUUUCAGUGCCAAUUCAGAAAUACCAAUAAAAAUAGAUCCGUCAAAAAAUAAUGAAGGAAAGUCAAUUUUAAAAUCGAAACAGUUGCUGCCGAGAACUUCCUACUACUCGAGGCUAAGAAAUGGCGGAUUGAGUACAACAUCAACAACUGAUUCAAGUAUACAAAAUACAACAGAAGAUAUAUCAAUUGCAGAGAAGAAAGUAGAAAAUACAGCCGAAUUGCCUAUAAUUUACACUGAUGGUACACCUAAAGUAAGUGACAAUGCAAACAAACAAGAAAGUCGUAACUUUAUUAUAACUGUCAACAGUAAAGAAUCUUCAGAAAAUGGAACUGAACUGAAUGGAAAUGAGGCAAUAAGUAUGACCGUAGAAAGUGAAAACAAACUUAUUAAUAAUUUUGUAAGCACAACACAAAAAUAUCAUGCCACUUACAAAGACAAUAAUAAUGACAUUUCGACAUCGUCCAAAGAAAAGUCGACUGUUACCCCUCCUAUUAGAAACAUUCGAACGAGAAAAUAUAGUCGGAAAUCAUCAAAACCCAGAGAAGAGAUUUCAGUUGUGACCUCGAAAUCUAGAGAAAGAAAUUCCAGGAAAUAUAGUGAUACUUUUUCAAAGACUACGGAGGCUUCAUCAAAUGGCAUAAUAGCUGGUCCUGAAAAACAAAAAAAUAAAUUUAGUUCGAAAUAUCGAGCGUCAUACCUCGAUAAACCUUUUUAUAAGCCCACUGUACCCACAAUUACACCAUCUACAGUAGAGGGAGAAGAAAUACAAAUAGGGCCAGAUAUGAACGCAAUAUCUUUUACUAAGUCACGAAGUCCAUUAACCUCUGCUGACCUGAGACUUUCCGAAAGCUUGGCCAAGUCAUUACAAGUCAUGAAUGUUGAGGCGUCACAUCAUUCACCUUCAGUUACAGUAUCAAUUUUUGAUGCUUUAGCUGAAAUACUUACGUCUACACCUAGACCUCGUAUUUCUUCAACAACUGAAGUAUUACAAAAACAAAGCACUAAUAACGAUGUUAAGCAAAUAAAUGACGGAGUGAGUAACAAUAUUAAUGUAAAUAGUGUCAAAGACUCAACGAGUCAAGAUACAUUUAUGUCAGUGGAUAACGUAAACACCGUUGCUAAGUCUGUGCAAACUACUGAACAAUCUAUACAAGAUGUGUUUAACCGUAUUUCGGUUGGGGGUAUCACUACACCAUCACAAAAUACGAAGGACAGGGAUAGUACUCCUGUAACCAUACCUCAGAAUGUUCCUUCUCCUACCCCUCCUCCUAGUACUCCCAUAUCUGCAAGAAAACCAUUUGCUAUAAAAGUAUUAUAUGCAGAUACUGCACCAACAACAGACAAAACGACUGCCGUAAUGACUACAAAUCAACCAACGACUGACAGCUCAACAAUGGUAUAUAAUACAGUAUCUGAUCUUGUAUUAUCUAAUAAUAAAUUAGUUUCUUCUGAUCUAACUAGCAUGCUUUCAAAUAAUAUCAAAAACAUUAUUGCGAAUAUGGAGGAGGACAGUAGAGCUAGACUUUCAGUAGAUAUGGUAAAAUUAUUAAAUUCCCUAAUUCCUAAAUUAAAUAAGCCUUUAAAAUUGCAAGACGACAUUGACUCUGUUCCAAAUACAACUCCUUACAGUUUGGAAGAUAUUAGAGAUACUGAAAAUAUUGCUAUAGAAAAUACAGAUAAUAUCCGUCCUGUAAAUAUCCUCCAAGAUGUAGGGAAUGAGAGUAUUGUAAAUAGCACGAGAAUGAACACUGAUUCAGUAAUCACAACAACAGAAACAAUCCUUACUGUAAAUAGUACACUUCAGAAUCCAGAUACUUUAUCUGUGCCUGAAAUACUAACUACUACAUCUUCAUUAGUAACUGCUGAUAUGCCAAUAUUUGUAGCAACUGAAAGUAAUAAAAAUGUUGAGCUUUCUACUGCUGCAAUAUUUAAUAAUGAAAUGUCUGUUAGUCCUUCAGGCAUAGAAACAAUUUUAACAAAUAGUGAUACAAGUUUCAGUUCAAGUGUAAAUAGUGAUUUUACUAACAAACCUGUCCUAGUUCCAUUCCUCACUAAUUUUGAAUUUAAUGACUUUACUGUAAACAAUGCAGAAAAUUCAAGCAUAAAUUUAACACAAUCAAACCCGACUAUGCAAAUGACAUCUUUGCAAGAAAAAGAAUUAGAAGAUAUAGAUAAUAUAGAAGACCCGAGUCAAUUAUCACGCCUUCAAUUGUGGAUUCUUUCAAAAAAAGCAAGAGUUUUAAAAAUGAUCGAAGACAUAAUUCGAAAUCAUAAUAAUGAGAUUGCUAAUGCUCCUUUGACUGAAUUGAUUAAUAGUACAAAUUCAAAUAAUAUUUCUCUUUCAAACCGUUUGUCAGAAAUUGUUAAUACAAUGACUUUAACAACAAUUAGUCCGCUCGACUUCAAGAACGAAAACGACUUGACUUCAACAGAAGCAACUGAGACUCAAAUGACUACUUCUUCCUUAAAUCCUUCCUUGUCCUUACCACAAAAUAUAAUAGAUAUAACUACAACUGAAAAUAUAUUUUCAAAUGCACCACCUAAUAUGGCUGAUAUUUCACUGGCAACUACGCCUAUGUCACUUGAUACUGCUUCUACCAUGUCACAAGAAAUUGAAACGACGGCUUUUGAAACUGCUCGUGAUAUAGCUGACGCUUUCUUUAGUACUACACCUACGUAUGGUGAUGAAUCAACAAUGACCGAAGGCUUUGUAAGAAGUCUUGAAAUAUCUGAUACAACAACAUUUAGUUCAGAUAUUACUCCAUCAACAAUGUCGAGCAAUAAUGAAGCUACUACUACUGUUUCUAAUAUUGAAUCAGCAACAGAAAUUGACUCGACGACCGAAAACAAUUUAGAAACUACAUCAAUAUCAGGUACUGAAUCAACAACCAUAGUUGCAAUUAUCAAUGAGACAAUAUCAAAUGAUGUAAAUAUGAUAAGUAAUCAAAUCAACGUCGCUACUCCAUCGUCUAUUCCGAAAAAAGAUUAUGUAAUUUUCGGAAUACUUCCUAACAAUACAGUGGUACGUAAGAAUCCUAACGAUGAUCCAUUGGAAACAUUAACAGAAGCAAGUCCAUACAUCAUUUACGGCGUACUACCAAAUAACACAGUAAUACGAAAAUUUCCUAAUGGAACUAGAGUACCACGAAUCAUGCAAAAAAUUGACAUACUACCAAUUAGUCCAUGGAGCUUAAGAAAUCCAUAUAGCCCCAUCCAUAACAUUCCGGCCAUUGUCAGACCGCAGUCUAACCCUAUCCGAGUAUCCACUAAUACUGUGACAUCCAACGACACCUCAAAUAACGGAGCGGAAAACCAAUUAACUACCGACACUGUAAAUAACCUACAAACUACGAUAUCUUCAUCGGCACUUAAUAUAACAGAUAGCAGUUCAUUGGGUAUAACAACCUCCACAAAUAAGCCGCCUGCUGAAAAAAGCACUGCCUCGCAUGUUUUGAGUUUACGCACAACAACAAUGUUACCUUCUAUCGAUGAGAUUCUGCUUAAUAGCAUAUCUUCGGCCACUAAAGAGGAGAUGGUCAUAUCCUCAAUGACAAGUACUACUCGCGAACCAAGAAUAUUAACACUGGAUAUCGAUCCGGAGACAAAACAAAUUCGCACAGAAAAGCCUGAUGAUGGAAAUGGAAACACAGUUUUUAAAUUUAUACCUAUUGACGAAGUAACUGUAUCGCCACAAGAAUCUAAUGUUUUAAAACUUGCAUCGACAAAAAUGCCAAAAACAACGACUUUUAAUGAAAUGUUGCAAGUUACUACAUCUAAUUCAAAUACACAAACGCUCCAAAAUGACAUAAGUACCAAUGGUCAAACAUCAUCAACACCAAUUUUUGCAAUGACAUCAAAUGAAAGUUCCGAUACAACUACGAUUUUUCCGGAACUAUCAAUAGUAAUGAAUAAUAUAGAAGCUAAACCUACAACUCUUACCCCAGAAAUUACUACGUCAACUGUAAACAUGGCAGGAACUAUGUUUUCAACUGCGAAUGAAAUGUCUACACCGAUUACUUUAACUACCCCUGCAACUACAGUCACUACUGAAACUGAUAAUUUAUCUACUGUAACGACAACAUUACUUACAACUCUUCAAACAACAAGUUUUAAUCCAUCUACGGCGGCAAUAACGACCCCUACGGCUAAUGUCCUAGAAACUGCGGCUUCUAACCAAAAAGAUGCUGAGCUACUUCAGUCGCUGUUACAACAAAUCGGACGUAGUCCUAAAAAUUUAAAUAAUUUUAGCAAUAAUCAACAAAAUGACAACGCUAAGUUGCUGCAAGCAAUUUUGUUAGGUGGUCCACAAAACAUAGCUAAUAAAAAAACUAGUGAAAAUAAGCAAUCCAGUACAACAAUACGAUCGAUCGAAGAUGAUAUUCGACAAUUUGAAGAAGACACAAAAUUACUCAAAGCCCUGUUGUUAGCCACAGGACGUAAUCCGGCAGAACUAAAUUUACCAAAUCUGGAUAACACAAAGAAAGUUACAGCAUCUACAACUUCGAUUCCAAUAACAACAAACUUAAUAACUACAACAGACCAACCAACUACCACUCAGCGAACAACAACUACUAUACCUACGACUACUUCUACUACUACUACACCUACAACUACUACUACAACUACAACAAGUACUACUACAAAUACCCCUUUAAUUACAACCACAUUGAAAUCAACUUCUAGUGGUAGAAUAAGCGAGUUAUCUUAUAAUGAAGAUUUAAGAAAAUUGCAAGAAGACACAAGGCUUUUACAAGCUUUAUUGCAAGCUACUGGUAAUCAAAACACCGCUAACAUACCAAUAAUAUCUGGGAUAACAUCUAAUGUCAGAAUUGCAUCGAACCCUUUAACUACAUCUAUAGAAUCAAACCCCACAACUCCUGUUAAUGAUCGUCCUAUACUUACAACGAGACCAUCGCCAGUCUUCACUGCUAUUACACCAGAAACUGUUACUGUGUCUACAUUACAGCCGCAGCAACAAACAACUGAAGAAAUAGGUAUAUCAACAACAUUCCAACCAUUUAAUGUAAGAUCCACUACAACCGUACGUAGUGUGGGUGAAGAAUCGACAGUCACGCGACGCCCUAAAAAUUCAAGAUUUCAAGUUACAACUGAGAUGCCCAGUACGUCAACCUUUUCAGAUGAAGAAGAUUUGCUAUUUUUGCAAAAUUUGAAAUCCGUUUUAAGUGCAAAAAAUAGUGGUGAGGAUCCAGAAACUGCUCUUGCUAAUCGAGUAAUAGCGCUUGCCGUAGAAAGAAGCUUAAAUGAGAUACAGACCGGCAAGAAGGUUGACACUUCUACUACCACUUACAGACCUACCACUACGACUGCUAGAUUAACGACCACUACUACAAAAAUUACUACUACAGAAGCUUCCACUUUAAAUACACCUUCGAUAGAAGAAGAUAUCAAGCAGUUUGAACAAGAUACCAAACUUUUACAAGCUUUAUUGAAAGCUACCGGUCAAGAUCCAUCUAAGUUUAAUAUACCCACGUUAACAAAUACAAAUAGACCUGUUACUGCUUCAAUUGAUUCGACGACUGCUAAACCAUACGGAGCUAAAAUUGCAGUCAAAGAUGAACUAAAAAAUGAACAAGAUGAUGCGCAAUUAUUACAAACUUUGAUAAAAUUACAAGAUGCGCAAGAAACCACAACGCAAAGGAGUAAAAUAGCAAUUACAGGACAAUCACCUGACGAGGCAUUAAAAAAAUUAUUAAAUCAAGCUCAGCCUGCUGGAAUGGUUUCCGAAGCAACUAAAUCUUCAAUUUCUUUAAGCACUGAAUUUGGAAAUAGCAAUGAUGCAUUACUGGCUGCACUACUUAAGGAACAAGGAUUUGGGCCAACAACGGCAAGUUCUUUGGACGAGCAACUUCGACUAGCUGCUUUACUCAACCAAGUGGUAGUGACACCGAAAGCUAGGAGAACAACAACGCCGCCUCCACCACCGCCAGCACCACGAAGGCCGGUAUUAGAUGGCCUGGCGUGGCUAUGGCAACAGUGGAGAGAGACAGCUCCUGGUCCAGAUGUGGCAAGACCUAAUAGAAGACCUGCGCCAUCAGCGAGACCUUCUAUAACACCAUCUGCAGCAACAAGUUCCAGAGUCAACUGGUUUGGCUCUGGGCCUUUCGUUGGUAAUGCCGACGAAAGGCCAACAUCAAAUAGAAUUCCUCUAGAACCACCUAGUGCCGUAACAACAGAACAGGGCCCUGGCAGAGGGCAGUUGGUAUCAGCGGCAAUUAAUGUAACUCGAGCCUUCUCACAGUUUUUGGGGGCCGCAAUUCAGGGAGCUGCUCAAACUGUACAAAGUGUCAUACGAGCAGGCCAGAGGGCAGCUUCGGACGCGUAUACAAACGGCUCGGGAUAAAUACAACCAUGGACUCGAAACUUUUCCGAAAGUGUCAUAGUAUGCACUAUGUGUUGCGAGUGCUCAAAUGUAAAUAUUUUCUAUAAAUUAGGAGCCUCACGUCAAGUUGUAGAUAAUGAAGUGGUUAUUGUUGGAGUUUGAACAAUACAGUUAGUCAAGGGAACCAAAAUUGUUUGUUAUUAUUGAAACUGCCAACUUUCUUCUAUAUUAUUCUACGUUUAUUUUUCUAAUUUCACAGUUUUUGUUGUUAAAUAUGAAUCUAUUAUUUAGUGUGUAGAGAGAGGUGGCUGUUUUAAUUACACUGCUUGGUUAUGUAUUGUUACUA